AACCUAAUAUGACAGUGGUGUAGAUGAAUUCUAUUAGAUGAUUUUCUUCUUUGACGUCUUGUUUGUUGUUUUGAUUCAUGGGUUUUCAGUUUUGGUGGUGAUUUUGAUUUGUUGUGAAUUUUUGUUUUAUUUCUAUUGUCUGGCGAACUAUCUUCAUGAGUAUUGGUUUUAUCUGUUGCAGAUGCUGUCUUCGGUGGAGGGACAGUGAUGUGGGCAAUCGGCGGUCCGGGCUGCUCUUCAACGUGGUGGGCAAUGUCCUUGGACUCCUGGCGUCCGGCGCGCGGUGGUGCGGGCUGUUCUUCUACCUGAUGGAUGUCAUCCUCAGCUUGGCAGGUGAUGUCGUCCGGCUCGUCUUGGCAUUCUGCGGGCGGUGGUAUGGGCUGUCCCUCUACGCCAUGAAUGACGUCCUCAGCUUGGCGGGUGGUGUCGUCCGGCUCCUCUCGGCGUUCUGCGGGGUGCGGUGCGACCUCAGUCUUGACAUUCUUGGAUGAUGCUCAUCUCUAGCACAGGAAGGGUGGGGUUGUGGUCCUCAGUCGGUGGCGGAAACUCUGUGGUGUGAGGUGCGGGCGUCUGGGCCUCUGGAACGGUGGUACAUGGGCGUUUCUCCCGCGCGACAUCUUCCGUCUCUGAAAUUGCUGAUGUGGCCUCCAGGAUGCGGUGUGUUUCUUCCAUAAUUUAUUGGAUGAUACAAUGAUGUAAGUGCAGUGAAACGUCCGCGAAUACGUGAGGUUAUGUGAAAGAUUACAAAUGAAUGAUGAUCAAAAGUUGAGAUAGUGUAAAAAAUUCGUUCAAUGAAAAAAUACAAAAGUGUGAUUCAAUAAUAUGUUCAGUGAUGAAGUGAAUCAAAUUAGCAAUAUCGUUAACAUAAAAUGAUAACAACAUAAAGGAUACACAGUGGAUAAUUAUGCGAUAACGAAGGUACGUCUCUUAUAAUUUAUUAUUACUAUUAUUAUAAAUAUUUUACUCUUAUAAUUUCUUGCCGCAAUUCUAUAUAUAGGGCUAGUAUUCUUUGCAAAAUUU